AGAGCAAAAGCCAAGCCAUUUGGUAGAAGGAAUUGUCCGUAGAGCGCCGAGACAGUAGUUGGUAUAGUAAUAAUUUAGGCUAAUAAUAUAACUCAAUCUCUGCUUGCAAAAAAGACUGUUCAAUGCAUGGCUGAGCACAUUAAGUCUGAGGCUGGUAACAUCAACAGUGAGGACAAACCAGCCUGCCUCUCUCCUUCCGCACUUGAGUCCAAGCCUACAGUCACUGGGUCCUGAUUGUGACAGUGGAGCCCAGUUUACACUGCAGGAUCCAGAGAUGGCAUCAGUGAAGCUGGAAGACAGCAGUCAAACACUGGAGCUGAAUGUCAACAUUAAAGAUGAAGAAGAGGAGGAGAAGAUUGGGACAUCUGUUAGUCAUGGAGACCAUGUUGAGACAUUAUCUACAUCCAGAGAGCAACAGCAGGAAGAUCACAGAGCUAAGAAGUCUCACCACUGCCCACAUUGUGAGGAGAUUUUCCCAUUUCUAUCAAAGCUAAAAAUACACCUACAAAUACACACAGGAGAGAAGCCUUAUUCCUGCACUGACUGUGGGACGCACUUCACAACAUCAAAGGCUCUGACAGUUCAUCAGAGAGUGCACACUGGAGAGAAGCCUUACUCCUGCUCUGACUGUGGGAAGAGUUUCUCAGGAUUGGGUCACUUAAAAAGACACCAACGUAUACACACAGGAGAGAAGCCUUACUCCUGCUCUGACUGUGGAAAGAGUUUCUCGCAACUGAGCAGCUUAAACUCGCACAAACAUAUACACACGGGAGAGAAGCCUUACUACUGCUCUGACUGUGGAAAAUGCUUCACAGCAUCAUUUGAGUUAAAAGUUCAUCAGAGGACACACACAGGAGAGAAGCCUUACUACUGCUCUGACUGUGGGAUGAGUUUCUCUCAACAGAGUAGCUUAAAGUCACACCAACGUAUACACACAGGAGAGAAGCCUUACUCCUGCUCUGAUUGUGGGAAGAGUUUCUCUCAUCAAAGCAGCUUAAAAUCACACCAACAUAUACAUAAAGCAGAGAAGCCUUACUCCUGCUCUGACUGUGGGAAGUACUUCACAACAUCAGCUGAGCUAAAAGUUCACCAGAGAACACACACAGGAGAGAAGCCUUACUGCUGCUCUGACUGUGGGAAGAGUUUCUCUCAACAGAGCAACUUAAAAACACACCAACUUAUACAUACAGGAGAGAAACCUUUCUCAUGCUCUGACUGUGUGAAGUGCUUCACAACAUCAUCUGAGCUAAAAGUUCACCGGAGAACACACACGGGAGAGAAGCCUUACUCCUGCUCUGACUGUGGGAAGAGUUUCUCUCAACAGAGCAACUUAAUAACACACCAACGUAUACAUAAAGGAAAGAAGCCUCAUCAGUUCUCUCAGGCCAGUUAAGAUUAGUCACUCCAUCACUUCAUUCUCAUCUCAUAAAGGAAGUGGUAACAGUGAAUUUGAUAACAUUACGAGAGAGUAACACACUGUUGUAAUCCUAUUGUUUCUCACUGUGAGAACUGUGCAGAGAAAAGGGAGCAUUAUAGAACAUUAGCCUCUCUUUACUUUACUGAUCAGUAUUCACCUUGUCAGUUCCAGUGUGUUUUGUUAGCUUCUACUGUAAAGAUAUUGAGAUUACCUUGGAUUUGCCCUUAUCGUUGAAAACCCUCUGAGAGAUCUCUUGUUAAAACAAUGGAGGGAGGUACUGCUUCCCUCUGCAGUUUUCUGUUGGAAUGAGUUAGUAGACACAACAUGCGUCAGAUAGAGAUGGUGUGAUGAUCAGUUUUCUGUGGGAAUGAGUUAGUAGACACAACAUGUGUCAGAUAGAGAUGGUGUGAUGAUCAGUUUUCUGUGGGAAUGAGUUAGUAGACAACGUGUCAGAUAGAGAUGGUGUGAUGAUCAGUUUUCUGUGGGAAUGAGAUACAACAUGUGUCAGAUAGAGAUGGUGUGAUGAUCAGUUUUCUGUGGGAAUGAGUUAGUAGACACAACAUGUGUCAGAUAGAGAUGGUGUGAUGAUCAGUUUUCUGUGGGAAUGAGUUAGUAGACACAUGUCAGAUAGAGAUGAUGUGAUGAUCAGUUUUCACCUUUAGUUUGGGUGGAUACUUUUAUUCCUACUAAAUGUUUUUUGUUUAAUGAUACACAGGUUAUAAAACAAAGGGGUUUAUUAAAUUGUCUUUUAAAACUAGAUUCACUAUUUUAGUCAUUGAUGAUUAAUGUAUUUGGAUAACUGCAAUGAAUGUCAUUGAAUUACUACUGAAAAAUAAAUGUUCUACAUACAUU